UGGACCAUGCAUAUUCUGCAGCCUAGGACGUUAUUCGUGUUAUUGGCCCACGCACAUGUAUUAUUAUCUUUGAGAAAUAAUGGAGAAGUACGAACUAAGGAGGUCAGCAACACAAGCGUGUACUCUGCCAGGACUUUCCAUGGGUCACUCCGGGAGAGUCAUCAAAACAAAGCCCGAGACCGUGCGCUCUCGGCUGGAUACGCCACAGGUGCGUCCUCGGCGGAGCGGGCAAUUGUCAGGGGGACCCUUAACUCCACUCACUCUUGGAAGAGGGUAAUUGCAGGAGGAACGAGGCGAUUUGGACACAACAAACGCGACUUCAAUAGGACAGUGACACCCGUGGAGGACCCUAACGCUGUCUCACAUUGGGACCCGACGCGCCACCAUAAUAAGAGGAUAAAGUUGAAUGGCGGUCUUAGUAGUACGGGGACGCCAGCAGGUGGACACUACAAUGCUGCUAAGCCCUCUUCAAUGGGCCGGGGAGACGGAGGAGGGGGUCCCGAGGAGGGUGACAGGCACAAGAGAGGCACAAAAGACGAGCAGAAGAAAGCGUGGAAGAGGGGGAGAAACCGGCUGAACAAAAGCGCAGCGGUUUUGGCUCAGCCUCACGCGUCACCGUGGGAACCCAUCCCCAAGCCGUUGGCCCUCACCUCCACCGACCUGCCCUUUGACCUCUUCACCAGGAGGCCUGAGUUAUUCACUUUCAGAGAGGAGAACCCCUGGGACGCCACUCCGAUCACCCCUCCAAGCUCGCAGGACUUCGGGGACGAAAUCAAGAACCCCUUUUACCCGGUGACAAGUGAGACUUAUGGCGCUUAUGCCAUCACUUGCGUCUCAGGGGUUAUUUUCUUGGUGGGGAUAGCGGGCAACAUCGCCAUCCUUUGCAUCGUGUGCCAGAACUACUACAUGAAAAGCAUCUCCAACUCAUUGCUGGCAAAUCUAGCUGUGUGGGAUUUUGUGCUCAUCUUCUUCUGCCUGCCCAUGGUGGUUUUCCAUGAACUGACCAAGUCCUGGCUGCUGGGAGAGUUCACCUGCAAAGUGGUGCCCUAUGUGGAGGUUGCCUCCCUGGGUGUGACCACUUUCACCCUGUGCGCUCUGUGCAUCGACCGCUUCCGUGCGGCCACCAAUGUCCAGAUGUACUACGAGAUGAUUGAGAACUGCACCUCCACUACAGCAAAGCUAGCCGUCAUCUGGAUCGGAGCUCUGCUAUUGGCUCUCCCAGAGCUCCUCAUACGACAGCUGGUAGCUGAAGACACAGGAAUGCCAGACGAGCCUCCCGUUGAACGCUGCAUCAUCAGGAUAUCCACCUCACUACCUGACAUGCUCUACGUCCUGGGAUUGACCUAUGAGGGCGCUCGGCUGUGGUGGUGCUUCGGUUGCUACUUUUGCCUCCCCACCCUCUUUACUAUUGGGUGCUCAUUGGUGACGGCACGCAAGAUCCGGCGUGCAGAGCAGGCCAGUGUGCGCAGCAACAAGAAGCAGAUCCGACUGGAGAGCCAGAUGAACUGCACAGUUGUGGCUCUGGCAAUUGUCUAUGGUGCCUGUGUGGUGCCUGAGAACAUCUGCAACAUAGUUUCUGCAUACAUGGCGGCUGGUGUUCCUGAGCAGACCAUGUCUGUCCUCCAUCUUCUCUCUCAGCUGCUUCUCUUCUGUCGGGCCGCUGUGACGCCUGCGCUGCUGCUUCUCCUGUGUCGCCCGCUGGGCAGGGCCUUUUUGGAAUGCUGCUGUUGCUGCUGCUGUAACCAUGCGCCCUCCUCGGCCACGGCUAGUGACGAUAACGAACACGAGUGCACCACGGAGCUAGAGCUGUCGCCGUUCAGCACCAUCCGCAGGGAGCUGAGUAACUACACACCUGCUGGCUCCAACUGCUAA